AUGUGCAGACUUGAUGCUGUGUCAAUGCUUGGAGUGCCCUCUGUGGUUCUCACCACCUUGAUUCUCUCUGCAGUUCAGCGUUCUGCAGUCACCAUGAGUCAAUGCUCCACCUGGGGUAACUUCCACUUUCAGACAUUUGACCGUGUAAAAUUUGACUUCCUUGGAACAUGCAGUUAUAUUUUUGCUUCACACUGCAAUCACAAUGAUCAGGACUUCAAUAUCCAGAUUAGAAGGAGCAUCAAAAAUGGGACUGCAAUCUAUUUCACUGCCUCCAUCGAUGGUGUGCUUUUGGAGGGGAAAGCAUCAGCCAUCACAGCCAAUGGGAAAGAAAUUUCUCUACCCUUCAGCCUGAAGAGUGUUCUAAUAGAAGACAUUGGUUCCUACUUCCAAGUCACUUCCAAACUUGGCUUGACUCUCAAAUGGAAUUGGGGUGACACUCUACUAUUAGAUUUAGAAGAUACAUACAGGGGGAAAACAUGUGGUCUGUGUGGGAACAAUGAUGGCAAUGGAAAUAAUGAUUUGAUCUUGCAUGCCUUCUUUGGUCGUCAUCUCCCUAUGUUCAGUGAACACAGAGAAAGGGAGCAGAAGUGCACUGAGCUAGUUAUGUUUCUCUGCAGAGGCAAGCACAAGAAAUCUAAGUGCAAGGAAGUCCUGUCCAGCUUUAGGAACUGCCCCAAGUUGGUUACCAUAGAUGACUAUGUAGGCAUGUGCAAUGGAGAUAUGUGCAGCUGUACUAUGAAAUCUUCUCAUUCUGACCUGGUUGCAAGCUGUGUGUGUAGUACUCUCAGCCAGUAUUCCCGAGACUGUGUCCUCAAGGGUGGGGACCCUGGAAAAUGGAGAUCCAAAGAACUCUGCUUCAAGAAAUGUUCAGACAACCUGGAGUUUAUGGAAUGUGGAAAUCCCUGUGCUGAUACUUGCUCCAACCCAGAAAGGAGCAAAAUAUGUAAAGCCCCAUGUACUGAUGGCUGCUUCUGUCCUGAGGGAACUAUUCUUGAUGAUAUCAGUGGCAAAAAAUGCAUCCCUACCGGCAGCUGCCCCUGCACCUUUCAAGGCAAAGUGUAUACAAGUGGAGAGACCUACUCAGUCCCCUGCCAAAACUGUAUCUGCAUCGGAGGAAAAUGGUCUUGUACAUCACAGCCUUGUUCAGGAAACUGUAAUAUAGAAGGAGGAUUUCAUGUAACUACAUUUGAUAAGAAACAAUUCAUUUUCCAUGGCAACUGCCGCUAUGUAUUAGCUAAGGAUACGGAUGGUUCCUUUGUGAUUAUUGGAGAAAUUGUUCAAUGUGGUGUUUCAAGCACUAGGACUUGCUUGAAGAAUGUCAUAAUCAUUUUAGGAGCCACUAAUAUAAGAGUUGGUUCCAGUGGAGAUGUCUACGUCAAUGAUGCCAUUGCAGUGUUGCCUAUAGCUAAAGAUGGUGUCACCAUCUUCAGACCAUCUACAUUCUACGUCAACAUUGUGACUUCUUCAUGGGUACAAAUUCAAGUACAACUUAAGCCCAUUAUGCAGCUCUUCAUAAUAUUAGAUGAAUCUUACCACAGUCGUACAUCUGGACUUUGUGGAAAUUUCAAUAAUGUGCAGAGUGAUGAUUUUCGAACGAUUAACGGGAUUUUGGAAGACUCAGCUUCUGCAUUUGGAAACUCGUGGAAGAUUGCGGCUAACUGUGCUGAUGUUCAAGACAGCUUUGAGGAUCCCUGUUUGAAAAGUGUGGACAAAGCAAAAUUUGGGAAGUAUUGGUGUGCCCUUCUGUCAAAUGCAAAUGGGAAAUUUGCCGAGUGUCAUGCUGUAAGAGAUCCUGCUCCUUAUGUCAAGAACUGUGCUUAUGACACUUGUAAUGCUGAGAAGAGUAAAGAGGCUCUCUGCAGUGUAUUCUCUGCCUAUGCCAGAGAUUGUGCUGCAAGUGGCAAACACCUGAAAGGCUGGAGAAGUGGUAUCUGCGAUGUCUCCAACGAGUGCCCUAAAACUAUGGAAUACAGCUAUGAAGUGAAAUUCUGUAACCGCUCUUGCCAUUCACUGCGUGAGCCCGAUAUGCUGUGUAAUGUUCAGAUCAUUCCUGUAGAGGGCUGUGGCUGCCCUGAUGGCACCUAUCUAGUAAAUGAGGAAGAAUGUGUUUCUCCGGAGGACUGUCCAUGUUAUUAUAAAGGCCUGAUGAUCCAACCUGGGAAUUCAUUCCAAAAGGAUAAGCUCAUGUGCAAAUGCAUUCGAGGACAAUUAGAUUGCAUUGGAAACAAAGAAGCUGUGAAAGAUUGUCCUCCUCCUAUGUAUUACUUUGACUGUAGCUUGGCUGGCUCAAGGGCAACUGGAUCAGAAUGUCAGAAAAGCUGUAGAACACAAGACAUGCAGUGUUAUGCUACAGAAUGUGUCUCUGGAUGCCUGUGUCCUGAUGGUCUGGUGUCUGAUGAUAAUGGCAGUUGUAUUGAGGAGGAGCAAUGCCCUUGCAUCUAUGGAGGAAACGUCUAUAGUCCUGGCACAUCUAUCACAGUCAGCUGUAAUACAUGCAUAUGCCACAGGAGGCAGUGGAAGUGUGCAAACCACCCCUGCCAAGGAACAUGUAUUGUGCAUGGGAAUGGACACUACUUCAGCUUUGAUGGAGGGAAAUUUGAUUUCAUGGGAGAUUGUGAUUAUAUCCUAGCCCAGGAUUUCUGCCCCCAAAAUCCCCAGUCAGGCACCUUUCGCAUUGUAAUGCAAAAUAUUGCAUGUGGUAAAUCAUUGAGUGUGUGCUCCUUGAAAAUCAGAGUGAUAUUGGAGGAUAGUGAAAUCAGACUUCUGGAAGGAAAAGUUGAGGAGAUUGUUAGUAAGCCAGGCAUUGAAAAGCAUUAUACAGUCUUUCUCAUGGGGAUUUAUAUUGUAAUUGAAACUUUCCAUGGGGUGACCAUCAUGUGGGAUGAGAAGACAACAGUGAUUGUACAAGUGGAAUCCUCUUUUCAGGGCAAAGUUUGUGGUCUUUGUGGUGACUUUGACAACAGUGCCAACAAUGAUUUUACCACUAGAGGGCAGCCUGUGGAGAUGCGUGCACAGGCAUUUGGAAAUAGCUGGAAAAUUACUACUAGCUGUACGGACAUAAGCCAGACUGACCUAUGUGCAAGUCAGCCUUUCAAGCUUGUACUGGGGCAAAAGCAAUGCAGUAUUAUCAAGAGUGAAGUUUUUCAUUCUUGCCACAGUAAGAUAAAUCCAACACCCUAUUAUGAAUCCUGUCUGUCUGAUUUCUGUGGCUGUGACAGCGUGGGAGACUGUGAGUGCUUCUGUACUGCUGUAGCUGCUUAUUCAAGGAGUUGUGGCAGAGCUGGUGUCUGUAUUGAUUGGCGAAGUCCUCGAAAUUGUCCUGUGUUCUGCGACUACUACAGCCCACCCAAUAGAAGGGAGUGGCACUAUAAAGCUUGUGGAGACCCUUGCUUAAAGACCUGCAGGAAUCCUGGGGGAGAAUGUGGCAAUCUACUUUACAGUUUAGAAGGCUGCUACCCUGAGUGCAGUGAUGAUAAGCCAUAUUAUGAUGAAGAAACAAGAGAAUGUGUCUCAUUGCUUGAAUGUACCUCAUGUGAUCCAAAACAAAAACUCUGCCUGAAGAAUUCUAAUGUGUGCCUUUGUUGCUACAACAAGAAGACCUAUGCCUUGAAUCAAUUAAUAUACAACAAAACAGAUGGGAGCAUCUGCACGACAGCAUUUUGUGGUUCUGGCGGAAGCCUCAUUAGUACAUUCAAUCCAUGUGGUACAUCUCUGGAAAAGGCGAUUUCUUCGAAACCAGGGCCUGGCUUGGUGGUCAAACCUCAAGGACAAACAAUUGCUUCUCCAGUUCCAAGAUCAGGAAAAAUAGUAACGCCUCUCACAACCACACCAGCAAAACCAAAAAUGACCCCAUGCUUCUGUAAUGUAAAUGGACAGCUGAUAAGUAAUGGCAGCAGGCACUUUGUGACAAUGGAUGCUUCAGGUUGGUGUAUUUAUGCAUAUUGUAAUACAUCAUGCCAAACUGAAUUCAGCUAUGGAGAAUGUUUCUUAACCACUACCGCCACUAGCAAACUUGGCAUGAUCUCUGGCAGACCUUGUAAGGGGAAUUUUCAGAAGUGUGAGAACAAGCCUCCUCUGCAUUCAGAAGUUGUCCCUGCAGUUACUUCUACAAAUGAUUGCACUGAUCUCGUCCCUCCUAGAAAGUUUCAAGAAUUAUGGACAUUUGGAAGCUGCCAAAUUGCUACUUGCUUAGGUAGAAACAAUAUUAAAGUAUCAGAUGUGCGCUGUCCACCUCAAAAGCUGAAGCUCUGUGUCAAUGGAUUGCCACUUGUCAAAAACCAUGGUGCAUCUCAGUGUUGCGGGACUUUGGAAUGCCAAUGUGCUUGCAGUGGAUGGGGAAAUCAACACUAUGUAACAUUUGAUGGAUCCUAUUAUAAUUUCCGUGGGAACUGCACCUAUCUCCUGAUGAAACCAAUCCGACCUAACUCUCAGAAUUUCUGGAUCCACAUGGACAAUCACUACUGUGCUGCCGCAGAAGGAGCUAUCUGCACUAUGACCCUUUUCAUAUUUUAUAACCACUCUAUCGUAAUUUUGACGCAAAGAGUUGGAAAUGGGAAAGCAGGCAACCUGGUUCUGUUUAACAACAGGGAAAUCGCUCCAAGUUUUUCAAAUGAUGGCAUUGAUAUCACUACCUCUGGACCAUACAUUGUUGUUAAAAUACGGAAUAUUGGACUUUAUGUCACCUAUACUCAGCUUGCUUUUUAUAUAAGCCUGCCUUUCAGCAGUUUUUAUAACAAUACUGAAGGGCAAUGUGGUACAUGCACCAAUAAAAAGACAGAUGAUGCUCUGAAAAGGAAUGGCAAGAUUGCAGAUUCUUUCACAGAGAUGGCAAUGGACUGGAAAGUGACAGACCUUCUGGCUAGAUAUUGUGAUUCAGGUCAACAUCUGGCACCUUCUACAACUGGAACACCACAACCCAAAAUGGCUGCUUGUGUUGCUCCUUCUUUAUGUAAACUUAUCUGGAACUUUACAGAAUGUCAUGAUGCUGUCCCCCCACGGCCUUACUAUGAUGCCUGUGUUAUGGAUGGAUGCUCAUUGCCAAAGCAGAAUGCUGAAUGUGGAAGUCUCCAGGCCUAUGCAGCCAUGUGUGGGUUCCAUGGGAUCUGCAUGGACUGGAGAAGCAAAACCAACAGAAAGUGUGAACUCACAUGCUCUAAGGACCAAAUCUAUAAACCAUGUGGAAGAAUGGAAAGGCUCACUUGCUAUAGUGGACAAAAUGCUGUCAGAACUGAUGCACCACUACAUGACACUCAAGAAGGAAUACUUGUUGAAGGAUGCUUCUGCCCUGAUGGAAUGAUCCAGUUGAAUUAUCAUGACAGUGUUUGUGUUUCCAUCUGUGGCUGCACAGGACCUGAUGGACUAUUGAGACAGCCAGGAGAACAUUGGGAAAAAGACUGUCAGACCUGCACUUGCAGCAAGGACACACUGGACAUUUCUUGUUCACCCCACAUUUGUCCAAAGUCUCCACCAAUCAUUUGCACUAAGGAAGGGUUUGUGCCUACAGUCCGGCUGAAUUCAAAAGAUCCCUGCUGCAUGGAGACAGUGUGUGAAUGUGAUGUGAGGUCCUGUUCUGUGACCACAAGGCAAUGUCACCCAGGCUUCCAAUCUGUAAGAACCACUCCUGAGGCUGGAUGUUGUCCUAUUUAUUCCUGUAUACCAAAAGGCGUUUGUGUAUCUAAUGGAACUGAGUAUCGGCCUGGGUCAUUGGUACAAUCAGACUCCUGUGAUGAAUGUGUUUGCACUGAUAUACAAGAUUCUAAGACAAAAACCAAUCAAAUUAAGUGCACUCCAAUACAAUGUCUUACUGAAUGUCAAAAAGGUUUCCGCUAUUUCAGCGAAGAAGGGAAAUGCUGUGGCGAAUGCAUGCAGGUGGCUUGCACAGCAAAACUUCCAUCUGGAAUAGUGAUUGUUGGGGUUGGGGAGAGCUACAAGGAUCCACAGGAUAACUGUACUCAGUACAGAUGCACCAGAUUAUCAGAUCAAUUUGUUCUGACUAGCACCGUAAAAACCUGCCCAGUGUUUGAUCAAGCAAACUGUAUUCCAGGAACCAUUGAAACUACUCCGGACAGAUGUUGUCAGAUCUGUCUCCCCAUGUCACAUGACUGUAAAAUUAAUGGCAGGAGACAGCAUAUUGUUUAUAACCACUGUAAAUCAGCUGCUCCUGUCUUGAUAUCUUCCUGUGAAGGAUCCUGCAACUCCUACUCUGUGUAUUCCAUUGACACCCACAAAAUGAAGCACAGAUGCACAUGUUGCCAUGCUACAAAAUAUCAUGAAGAGAAGGUGGAGCUGAUCUGCAGCAGAAGGAAGCGAAUUAAAUAUACAUACCUUCAUGUAGAUGAAUGUAGCUGUCUGGAGACAGCAUGCCUUACACAACCAUGAUCCAAAAGAGCUGGAGAAAAGUCCCACCUUUAUUUAAAUGAUUUAUCUUGCAGUGCUUCACAAUAACUGAUUUGCUGUUCAUGUGUGUAUGCAUACACAUCUCCCCUCCCCACCUGCUGUAAUCCAAGAUAUUCAGAGUUUUAAAUCAAAGUGAUUCAGUGCUACAAUCUCUCUCUUAUUCUGACCACUCUAGGAAAUUGGACAAUUAAGGAAAGAACUGUUCAUUGUAUGUUUGUCAAAUAAACUAUCUCCAAGUUAUCUUUCUAUCUAUUACAA